ACAGUAGCCAUGGCGUCGAACAGUUCCCCCUUCCUUCUCCUCACGUAGAGUGUCGAGGAAGACUGCCGUUGUUGUUCUUGAAGUCAACACCGAAGGGCAGUGGAAGAGAGCAUUAUAGGAGAUGGUGAACAAUGAGAUGAUCUCCGAGGUUGGGAUGAGCCACGAGGAGGAGAAGAUGCGCGUAUCCUUUCUCCUCGCCUCCGAACUCCACCCUCAGAUGCCUCAGGGAGAGACGAGGGUGCGUCGGAGGAGGAAGAGGACGAAGGGCGAGGGGGCGGAAGGCGACGCGAAGAAGAGGCGGCUGAGCGACGAGCAGGUGAGGUUCUUGGAGACGAGCUUCGGGGAGGAGAAGAAGCUGGAGUUCGAGAGGAAGGUCCACCUGGCCGCCGAGCUCGGCCUCGACCCCAAGCAGGUCGCCGUUUGGUUCCAGAACCGCCGGGCGCGGCACAAGAGCAAGCAGGUGGAGGAGGCCUAUCUCAAGCUCAAGUCCAUCCACGACGCCACCGUCGUCGAGAAGUGCCACCUGGAGACCGAGGUGCUGAAGCUGAAAGAUAAGCUUCACGAAGCUGAAGAAGAGAUCAGGAAGCUUUCCCUUGUGGCAAAUGGAGGUGUCGUCGGCGGCAACGGUGGCAGCGGCGAGGUCAUUGGCAGUCCCAGCUCAUCAACUUUGACUUACCAGCCAGUAGUUGCAGACUUCGGAGCGGCCGAGAAGGAAGCUGAGCUGAUGUACAUACAGGAGUACGAAUUCAACAACUCCAUGAUGGAGUGGGCAUAUUUCUAUGUCACGAACAGAAGUCGGCCAUGUAAACUAGAAAAUGGAGCUUUCUGCAACCACUGCCUGUUCCUGAGUUGAUGCUGUCAUGGCCUUUCUGUACUGAAAAGAAUGGAAGAGACAAAGGGAAAGAUGGAAGGUUUUGCAGUGGGCGUUGCUGCCUUCCAACAGAGAAACAGCCAGUCACGUUGAGGGGAAUGCCAUGUGUUGCGGCCGGGCUUUUUGAUCUUUGUCUCACGCUCGCUCUUCUGAUCUCUGCCUUUACUCGACGCCACAGGCUAUCCGAGUUGCCGGAGAAGGCGAGUGCACAUGAGCUGCCUUCGUGUGGGGGACAGCAUUUUAACUCAUGCUCUUUCUUCUUCUGCCAGCCAACGAGUGCUUCGGAACUCAACCUUAUCCAUCUUUUCCAUAAUCUGGGCGACAAAGAGAUCAAGU